ACUUCUUACUUGAUAAAACUCCAACAUCCUUUCAGGAUGCAGUAGAAGUCGAUCAAAGCCUGCCAAGAUUGCUGGGAGCAAACGGAGAAAACGCUGUACCAAUGAAGGUCUGGUUGUUGACCCUGAUACAUCUGGAUUCUUCUGCUGCAAAACUCGUCUGUCAGAUAAGUGCUGUGUUAAUAGAUGAAGCUCAGGCUGUUCUGAAGGAGCUGAAAAUGAGGUGCAAUGAUGCACUGAGAACCACCGCACAGCAGCAGUUCUCCCAGAUUGGCACAAAGAGUUCAAGCUGGAGUUUCAGCAAAACUUGGCAAAGAUACUCCCAUCAAUCCGAGGAGGAGGAGAAGAGGAGGCUGUGUUCGCAGAGAUCCUGAAGAAGACCUGAACGAGUGGAUGGACUGUAAAGAGAGAGAAGUCUACACCUUAAUGUCUUUAACCAACAUGAUGAAAAACACCAAGAUCGUCCCCUCUCAGAAUGUUCUUAGUGAAGAAACCCUCAGUGCAGAUCAUGCUGUGUGUUUUGUUUUCACCUCCCUGGGAAGUGCUGAACCGUACCUCUCAGCUUUAUCUAACUACUUAAAACAAACACCCGAACCAGACGACCCUCAAGAUGUAGAGAAGGAACAAUUGUUCACCUCAAAAGAAAUAACAGAUGCAAUGAGGAAUAAAGCAAAGCUCUUCAGUGACUUUGCAGAGGCCAACAAGGAGAACAAGAACAUAAAGUUCCUGACAGUGGGAUUAACAAAUGAGACACAGAAAGGCUCAAGCAUCUACAUUUAUGAAAAUGAAAAUCAAAGCGGUAACAGCAAGUGACAUAAAGCACAACAGUGUGACACUGAAGAUUUCUGCGCCCAGAUUUGGAGCAGAGAACAUCACCUCCUACUCUGUAGAGUACUGUGUCAGAGGAGAGAAUGGAUGGCAACAAGAGACAGCAUCAAAAGCUGGAGAAGUCACAGUGAGCCAUCUGAGUCCUAACACAGAGUAUAUGUUCAGAUGCAGAGCAGUGACCUCAGCAGGUGUUGGGCCGGCCAAUGAAGCCACGAUAAACAUUCCAGGGCCGCCUCUUCCACACUGGAGGCACUUUCCACCACCACCUUCUGUCCCUGGUGACCCAUCAGUCAGUGACGGGGCAGACGAAGGGGAUGGUCAUGCAACUGGACAGCAGUGAAGGAAACACAGCAAAUAGGUGGCCUGAUAUAAUUAUCACAGUAAUAAAGGUUAGCCUCUUACAAGCAUCUGAACCUACAGGGAAAUCAAAAGUUUGAUCUCAGUGCCUACAGUACAAAAAAGGUCCUGUUGCAAAUAAAGCCGUAGCAAAGAAAAU